CUCGACGAUCAAAUGCUGCUUCAAGUGGGGCGACUCCGCGUUGUCGUGGAAAGCGACGCGGCGUUGGCGUCAUUUCCCCGCGGAUCGUAUCAAGUCGAGUCCAAGGAGGACGCUGUACGCACGCUAUGGUCGACAUUUCCAACGAAUCAACCUCUGUGGCAAGCCAUCUUCGACAUGGUCGACGACGUGCAUGGGCACUUGACCGUCGAUGUGGACGACGCCAACGAUAUCGAAUGGACGGUGCUCCGCAUUGAGUUGCAGUUAACCUCGACUCCUCCGUCCAAAGCCACUUGGAUCCGACGUCACGAGUAUGUCCUUCAGCAUUUCGAGGCAGCAUUGGUCAACUCGACCCACCCAAUCUCUGCCGCGGACGUCCAAGAAGCCCGCGCGUCCGAGUGCCACGUGGUGGGCUGUCGUUUGCACGCUCCAUCGACCAUCUCCCUCGUGACAAGACAUUCGUUCAACUUGCCGUCGUUGUUCAAGAGCUUGGAGAGUCCCAUGGAAGCGUGUCAAAUGGCCAUUCGCCCCGACCAGUGGUACGUCGACCGGCUAACCCACGGCCAGUCGCGGGCGCUCACGGACCUGCCCAUGAAUGUGAUCUGGGACGUUCUCAAGUAUUUGAACGCUCGAGAGAUCGCUGUCAUGAGCAUGGUCAACUCGUUGCUGCAGCACGUGACAUACGACACCGUGCCAGGGCUGCGCUUGACGUUGUUCGCGCACCAAAAGAAAGCCCUCAAGUGGAUGCUUUUCCGCGAAAGCAUGUCCAACCGCCAGCUUCAAGCGUCGCCGCAUCCGUACAUGGUUGCCAGCUGGAUCGACCCCGUCUUUGGCCGAGUGUUGGCGCCGGCGUCAUCGUCGCAGCACUCUAGAGACAGCCGGGGGGGGUUCUUGUGCGAUGAGCCCGGUUUGGGCAAAACCAUCACGAUGAUCUCGCUCCUCUUGCGCACACAAGGGACCAUCUCUCGGCCAGACGACGUCGACGCACCAGCGUGGACCGCCUACGGCUUGCGUUCCACGAAACAUACGGGGGGUCGACGGGUAGCAGCCAGCCAAUUGCGACCGUCGCAUGCGUCGUUGAUCAUCGUUCCAGACACGCUCAUGGCGCACUGGUCGUACCAGAUGGACAUGCACACGACGGGGCUCCGCGUCCUCUUGGACGUCGGCAAGACCGUGCCGGACGUGUCCGUGCUCGAGACGGUCGAUGUGGUUGUGACAUCGUUUGGCCGGCUAGCCACCCACUGGAUGCACCAUCGGCCACUUAGUGCACUUGAAAGUCGCGCGCCCGAGCGGCUCGGGUCGGAGAACCAGCGAAACUACGCCGACGGCGUCGAGCACAAGUCUCUGUCACCGUACGUGCAGUUGCAUUGGGUGCGGAUCAUUGUGGACGAAGGACACAAGCUGGGGGGUACCGCUAUCACCAGCGCUAUGCAGAUGCUGUGCAGUUUGUCCGCCGACAAGCGAUGGAUCAUGACGGGUACCCCCACUCCCCACGUAGCCCAAAGCGACGGCCUGCGCCACCUCCACGGACUGCUUCGGUUUCUGCAGGAGCUUCCGUACGGCGCCGACGACGACAAGCCAUGGAUUCACGCGAUCGCGAAACCGUUUGAAGCCAAGUGCAUCAGGGGGUACUUGCGACUGGAGCAAUUGCUCAAUCGCAUCAUGUUGCGCCAUGUCAAGGCGGACGUGACGAGCAUCCCGCCGCCCAUCUUUAUCACGACCGUGGUGGACCCUACCCCCGUCGAGUUUCGCAUCUACAACGGCGUCGUGGGCGUCGUCCGAGGCAAUUUGAUUGUAACCAAGUGGGACCCCGACUUUCCAGGGCCGCUGCACAAGGACAGCUUGCUAAACCCAGACAACCGAAAGGACGCCAUGACGGCCGUGUCCAACUUGCGGCUCGCGUCGUGCGGCGGCGGGACCAUGCAAGUGCUCUUGUCGCAGAAACACUAUGUAGAAACAAUCAAUUUCUUUGACGAGUUCCAGAUGGAUUGGGACCGACGGGUGGUGGUCCAGCAAUACAUGCGCGAUGCCCAAGACGGCAACUGCACCGUGUGCGAAACGUGCGGUCGGGAGCUGCAGUUCCUCAUGGUCACUGUGUGUGGGCACUUGGUCUGUGCCGACUGCAUCGAAGCGCACGUGGACGCGCACGGGUUCGAGCGUGGGUCCAUGCGCACGACGUGUCCUGUAUGUGAAGCGUCGUUUGACUGGGAAAGCUUUCAGGUGCUGCAGCCGGGCUUUGACUACAAGUGGACUGCGGACGACGCGGCCACGCCCCCCCCCAACAAUGCCCAACGCCCCCCCCCCUCCGCCUCAUCGUCAGCUGCUACUGCUACUGCUGCUGUUCGGCCCCUCCACGAUAACAACAACAGCAACGCCGCCGACGACGACGAUCACAUUUGGGCCAGUAGCAAAGGUCUGUACGUUCUCGAACGCAUUCAAAGCCUCCUGGGGCGAGGCAACCACCCGCCCACUGGACGUGCGAUCAAGUGCAUAGUCUUUAGCGACUUUCAAGAGCAUAUUUACCGUAUUCGGCCCGAUUUUGCACGCGCUGGCCUCCGGUUCGUGUCGUUUCUGUCAGGGGAAGCCAAAAUGAGCACGCGGCUCCAGCAUCUUCGCGACUUUCGCGACAACGACGACGUCCACGUGCUGUUCAUGACUGAGAUUGGCGCCAUCGGCCUCGAUUUGUCGUUUGUCACGCAUAUCUUUCUCAUGGACGAAAUCUGGGACAAGAGCGUCGAAAAGCAGGUGAUCGCACGGGCCCAUCGCAUGGGUGCGACAGAGUCUGUGGUCGUGGAGCAGCUUGAGAUGCGCGGCAGCAUGGAGAAGCUGGUGCGGGAGUUGUAUGCAGUGCCGCAGCCGGAGUGGGGCGAUGGAGCUGAAAGGCAACAUCACAAGGAAGGCGGACGAGCCGCCCACAAGAAAGCCAAGGCGAAACCGACGAAAAGUCUCUUCCGCGUUAUGAACAAGGAGACCAUGUCGUCCCUGCGACUGUAUCAUGUGCUCAACCACGUGCGCAUGAUCGAGGAUGGCAAGUCAAACGAUAAAGGUCGAACCAAGGAAGACAUGCAAAAUGGACAAAUUAAACGAGCCAGAAUAGGAUGAGAUGAAUGUGUUGAAGGGAAUUAUACGUCUAGUUUAAGUGAAGGACGAGGCGUUGGUUGGAC